UGGCGCCGUGCGCGCGCGGGUCGGAGAGAGUGGCGCGUGACGGUCGGACCGGUGUGGCUGCUUGACUUCAUUACCACCAUCACCAACAAGUGUGACGGUCGUGUUGUGUUUUCAGGAGUAGACAUGAAGAGAGCCACGUUUGGAGUUAAGAAUCAUUUCACUCGGAGAUUCCAGAACUUGCCCGCGUGCCGCUUAGGAACUUCUACCGUUUUAUUCUGUGUUCCCAUACGGAAAUGUGGACGCGUUGAGGUAACUGACUGUGGCCUACUUUUGUAUUGUUUUUAACAGUGUUGAUUGAGUAUUUAUUUUCAGAGAGGUUCAGCCUUCUAUUAACUAUGAUACAGAUGGGAUAUGAGCAAACUGCUGCUGCGCUGCCGCCGACAUAUAGCCCUGCGUUGGUGGGCUACAGCAAGGCUUUUCUAGCCAGAGGCUGGAUAAAAAUAAACAGGAUAUAACUCUUUCCAGUGCACAACAUGUUGAUUCCGAUGUCGCUCACCCGGCUCCGAACUCUCUGAAGCUUUCAACGUCGCCACAAUAAACCUGAGAUUACAGUUCCCUGCCGGAAUAUUCUCAUUGAGCGGCUCGAUUUUUCGAUGAGCUCUUUUGAAAUCUAUCUGAAAAGAUUAUAUAAGACUGUAUCAUAUCAAUUUUGAAGAAUUCUCUCAAGAUUAUCCCUUAGGUUGGUGUGAAUAAACUGAUCAUUUUUGGCAGUUUUUAAACGCUAAUGAAGCUGCAAUCAUCACCAUUUAACCACAAGACACAGGUGGAACCAUGACUGCUUUUGCCUGACAGGACUUGCAGGAGGUCGCUGCUGAAUAUGCAAGACUUAGCGGGGCCUGAUAUGCCCAAGAAAUUCCCCAUCUUUGAUGGCUUUGCACUCUUGUGGUGGGGCUUGCUCUUUGGAUUAUUCAUUGCGCGUGCAGAAGUGACGGCUUGUCCCACGACUUGUCACUGUAUCGACAAGAGCGGCAUGACCGUGGUCCAAUGUAUGUCUCGCAACCUGGAGAACAUCCCGUCAGAUCUUCCGAGAGAUACCGUUGUCCUACUUUUGGCAUCCAACCACAUCACCCACAUCCCCAGCCACGCCUUCAGGGAACUACACUACCUUCAGGAGCUGGACCUGUCCAACAAUGACAUCGAGACCGUGGACCUCGGAGCUUUCCAAGGCGUUUCGGACAGCCUCCUGGUCCUGGAUCUAUCAAACAAUCACAUUCAAAGUGUCCCCAAAGAGGCCUUUGCACGUCUACAUGCUAAAAUCAGCCUGUCGAACAACCCGUGGCACUGCGAGUGCACGCUGCAGGAGGUCCUGAGGGAGCUGCGGCUGGACCCCGAGACAGUCAACGAGGUGAUUUGCCACACGGCGGUGCAGGAGGAGUACGCGGGCAAAUCCAUCAUCCAGGUGCUGGACUCAGGGAUCAACUUCUGCAACUUUCACCACAAGACCACCGACGUGGCCAUGUUUGUCACCAUGUUCGGUUGGUUCACCAUGGUCAUCGCGUACGUCAUCUACUACGUGCGACAUAAUCAGGAGGAUGCCAGGAGGCACCUGGAGUACCUCAAGUCACUGCCGAGCAGCUCUCAGAUCAGCAAGGACUUUGACACCAUCAGCACUGUUCUCUAGCAGGGCUCAGGAGAAGUGGUGUGCGUCUGUAAAUAUGUGAGUAAAUGUGUUGUUAUGUACAAAAUGACUAAAAAGCUGUUGGGACACAUAAUCACCAGUGUUUCUGAGCACAUUAUGUGAAGUCUUUCAGUGACUAAAAUGAGCCAUUUUGAUUAUUAACGUUACAUAAAUGAGUUCUCUUUUUUUACAAUUUGAUUAAAUACAAGACAAGGAAAGCACAAAAUAAACAAAAUACUCCUAAAACUCACAUUUACAGGAUAGAUGAUAGAUCUAGACUGGAGAGACAAAUGUUCACACGCUGGUGUCGAUCCACAGUGUGAUUGAAUUUGGACUGAGAUGAAUGAGGACGACGACUGCGUCCUACAGUUACUUUGUAUCGAUUGAUUUAUGUUCUUCAUGUCAUACUGUCAAGAUAAAGGCCACUUUACAAGACUUUUGCUUACAUGAAUUAAUUAGGGCAAGGUGUUAACAUUCAGUUUGCAUAACCCAUGCAAAACAGCCCUGCCUCCAGUAGACCUUACACAAUAAACUACUGACCCAGGAAAUAAGGUUACUCUGUGCAAACACUGCAAUGUUUCAUGGCAAAUAUAAAAUGUAUUCAAACAAGGGAAAGUUGCCCUACACUGGCUCUGAUGUGUUUUUGGUACAUCCCAAAAAGAUGUUAACAAGCUCUCGCUCAAAAUCUCAUCAUCCCAUGCCAAGGUUAUGAUAGACUAUUAACAUGCCUACUGUACUACCAAGCCAUAUUCCUGCAUCUUUUAAACAGUAUGUGAUGAUAUAGUGGUAUAAGGGUGAACACGACAAGGUUAACCCUUUUCACAGUUUUUUUGUUAAUGCUAGAGAGCAUAAGAAAUCUUGCA